AUAGCUGUACCUAUUCACCCUCUCCGUCUUUCGCCUUCCCGUGAAACACUAUAAAUACAAUCGGAACUCGCUUCGGGGAUUCAAAUUCCUCCGCCAGCUGCUGGAACUUUGGGACCGAAAAUUAAUUACGAUUCGAGGUUUUCAGCGUGUUCGUGAAAAUUUGGUCGUAUUCGUUGUAUUUCGCUUAUGGAGAUGCCUGGGGACUCCGAGCCGCGGGCACAGACCGCGGAGGCGGAGGCCGCCGAAGGACAGCAGGAGCGGCAAGAACAGCAGGAGGAGGCUGAGAAUGAUGUUUUGAUAGCGAAAGCGCAAUCCUUGAUGGAUAAGAUCACAGCGAACCCUGACAACCCUAACCCUAAUGUAUUACAUGCUCUCGCCACUAUUCUUGAGGCCCAAGAGUCCAGAUAUUUGGAAGAUGCAGAUCACUCUUCAACAAAUAACACCAGGUCUUCUCAUAACGUGGGACGGCUUGGUAACCUUAUUCGGGAGAACGAAGAAUUUUUCGAAUUGAUAUCUUCAAAAUUUCUAACUGAAAGUAGAUAUUCAACAUCAGUGCAAGCAGCAACUGCAAGGCUUAUGUACAGUUGUUCGUUAACUUAUGUGUAUCAACAUGUGUUUGAAGAUGAUGUUCUAACUAACAUAAGAAGCUGGGUAAUGGAUGGUGAUGAUCGGUAUUGGAAGCAUGAUUCUGGGAAAAGAAAGGCGUCGGAUACUGAAAUGUUGCGCACCUAUGCUACUGGCCUGCUGGCUGCAUGCUUGGAGAAUGGUGGUCAGCUAGUGGAAGAUGUGUUGACAUCUGGUUUAUCAUCUAAACUAAUGCGAUAUCUACGAGUACGGGUUUUGGGCGACACAAUCACAAACCAAAAGGAUUCUAAUGUAUUGUUUGACAACAAAAGUGUGUCCAGCACGGCUCUAAAAGUGAAAGAGGAUGGCAGGGGUAGGACAAAGCAAGUGACAGAGAGUUCUCACAUAGAUGCAGAGACUUUCAAAGCCCAUCCUACUGAGAGGGAACGUGAUAAAGAUCCCACAUCUAUGGACAACCUUGAUAGAGAUGAUGAGAGGGGUGGCACUAGGCAAACAUAUGGGGAUGCUUACUGGGGUGAUGAGGAACAUCUUGAUAGUGUAGCUCCUGAGGUUGAUGCAUAUGAUGCUGAAGCAGAUAGUGACGAGAAGGGCAGUAUUAGGGAUCUCCGCCAGUCAAAAGCUAAACCUGGUGGAAAGUCUCUUAGGGAAGAUGACUUUGAUGAAAAUGUGAGAGAUGAAUCUUCCAGACGAAGGGCAAAUCGCGGACUAUCGAGAUCGCGAUCAAGAGGUAGGUCCAAUGAAGGAGUUUCUGAGAAUGAGCAAGUUCUCACCUCUCCAGGUUCUGCCGCUAGGUCUGGAGUGGGACGGAUUGGGAAGGAAAAGAGUCUGAUGAGAAGUCAAGAACCGAGAAAAACUUUUGAUGCUAAAAAAGGUUUAAGUAGAAACAAUGGUGAUUCUUUCAUCCUUGAAAGAGAUGAUACUGAUGAUUGCUUCCAAGGAUGCAAGGUUGGCUCCAAAGACAUUACUGAGUUGGUUAAGAAAGCAGUCAGAGCUGCUGAGGCAGAAGCAAGAACAGCCCAUGCACCUGCCUGUGCCAUUAAGGCUGCGGGUGAUGAUGCCGCUGAGGUCGUCAAGACAGCCGCAUUAGAGGAAUACAAGAAGACGAAUGAUGAAGAAGCUGCUGUGGUUGCUGCAUCCAGAGCUGCAUCCACUGUUAUGGAUGCUGCUAGUGCAGUUGCUCUUGCAAGGAGUUCAAGCAAUACUAAUGAUGAUUUGGAGAAUUCAAAGCCUAUGGAACCAGAGAGUAACGAUGAGUUUGCUGAAUUUUCUAUUCCAGAUGGUCAUACCCUUGCGAAGUUGAGAGAAAAAUUCUGUAUCCAGUGUCUUGUGUUUCUUGGGGAGUAUGUUGAAGUUCUUGGUCCUGUACUCCAUGAGAAGGGAGUAGAUGUAUGCCUUGCAUUAUUGCAGCGAAGUCUUAAGCUCAAAGAAACACCCUACACUAAAUUCCUUAUGAAUGAUAUUUUGAAGCUAAUAUGUGCAUUGGCUGCUCAUAGAAAGUUUUCUGCAUUGUUUGUUGAUCGUGGGGGCAUGCAGAGACUCCUUGCGACUCCAAGAAAUGCCCAUACGUAUGUGGGUCUUUCUUCCUGCUUAUUUACUAUCGGGUCAAUUCAGGUGAUAAUGGAGCGUGUUUGUUCUCUUCCGCCAAAUAUUGUCCAUCAGAUUGUUGAGUUGGCUCUUCAACUUCUUGAAUGCCCCCAGGACCAAGCCAGAAAGAACGCUGAUUUAUUUUUUGCUGCUGCUUUUGUCUUCAGAGCGGUCAUUGAUGCAUUUGAUGCACAGGAUGGCUUACAGAAAUUGCUUUCUUUGUUGCAUGAUGCAGCCUCUGUGAGAUCUGGUGUUCCUCCUGGGCCAUCAAAUAACCCAGGAUCACUUCGAAAUGAUCGAUCUGUCGCGGAUGUACUGACCUCUUCGGAGAAACAGAUAGCUUAUCAUACUUGUGUGGCGCUGCGACAAUAUUUCAGGGCGCAUCUCCUCUUGCUUGUGGAUUCUAUUCGACCUAACAAGAACGUUCGCAGUGCACCCCGCAAUGCUUCAAGGGCAGCCUACAAGCCACUUGACAUAAGUAAUGAGGCAAUAGAUGCUGUAUUUCGCCAAAUACAGAAGGAUCGGAAGCUUGGUCCUGCUCUCGCCCGCGCUCGUUGGCCUGUUGUUGACAAAUUUUUAUCUUCAAAUGGUCAUAUAACUAUGUUGGAGCUGUGCCAGGCUCCUCCGGUCGAGCGCUAUUUGCAUGAUUUACUUCAAUAUGCACUUGGUGUAUUGCACAUUGUAACUUUGGUUCCUUAUAGUCGCAAACCUAUUGUGAAUGCCACAUUGUCCAAUGAUCGGGUUGGUAUAGCCGUCAUUUUGGACGCUGCAAAUGGUGCUGGUUAUGUUGAACCUGAGAUUGUUGAACCUGCACUGAAUCUGUUAAUAAACCUCGUCUGCCCUCCUCCAUCAAUAAGCAAUAAACCAAGUCUCAUGCAAGGUCAGCAAGGUUCUUCUACCCAAGCUGGAAAUCAAUCUGCUAUAGACUCUAGGGACAGAAAUUCAGAGAGGAAUGUCCCGGAGCGUGGUGCCAGCAUUCCGAAUCAGAAUGAAUCAAGGGACCGAACUGGAGAACUGACUUCUGUGGAUAGAGGUGGUUCAACAGUACCUAUGUCAUCAUCUGUUGGUAACACUUCAUCAUCACAGGCAUCUGCUUCGUUAGGUUCUUCUGGUUUAGUUGGAGAUCGCAGGAUUUCUUUAGGUGCUGGAGCAGGUUGUGCUGGGCUUGCUGCUCAGCUUGAACAAGGAUAUCGUCAAGCUAGGGAAGCUGUUCGUGCAAACAAUGGUAUAAAGGUUCUUCUUCAGCUUCUCCAACCUCGAAUGGUGACAUCCCCUGCAGCUCUUGAUUGUCUUCGUGCUCUUACAUGCCGAGUACUUUUAGGUUUAGCAAGAGAUGAUGCUAUUGCACAUAUAUUGACGAAACUUCAGGUUGGGAAAAAAUUAUCAGAACUCAUCCGAGAUUCUGGGAGCCAAACUGCCAGUGGUGACCAAAAUAGGUGGCAGGCCGAAUUGACUCAAGUGACUAUUGAGCUUAUUGGGGUUGUAACUAAUUCUGGACGUGCAAGUACUUUAGCAGCUAGUGAUGCAGCGACUCCCACUUUGAGACGCAUUGAAAGAGCAGCCAUUGCUGCUGCUACUCCAGUUUCUUAUCAUUCUAGGGAACUGUUACUCCUUAUCCAUGAGCACCUUCAAGCAUCUGGAUUAGCUGACACUGCAUCUUUGCUUCUCAAAGAGUCUAAGUUAUCACCAUUGCCAUCCUUGGCUGCUCCAUCAUCUUUAGCACAACAUACAUCUGGGCAGGAAUUGUCAUCAGUACAAAUGCAAUGGCCAUCUGGACGAGCAGCUUGUGGAUUCUUGUCGGAUAAACCAAAUGUUAAUGAUUCCAGCUUGAGAAAUGAGCCUGGAAGCUUGUCCUCAAAGAAGAAACCAUGGUCAUUCUCUGCUGCUCGUAGUUCCUCAAAAAAUCUGGACAGCCCGGUGCCCAUGAACAACAAAGCAAGCUUUGGAUCGCCGAAUGUUUCUGUAGGUGGAGAUGUUUCAGGAACACCAUCAGUGUCUACGGGGAAAUCAAGUGGCGAUCCAGACAAUCAAAUUAGAACUCCAAUAGUGUUGCCAAUGAAAAGGAAAUUAACAGAUGUGAAGGAAAGUGGGUUUGGAUCCUCGGUGAAAAGGCUCAACACUGGUGAACAUACCCUCAGAUCACCUGGUUUUUCAACACCUAAUACUGCUCGUAGAAGUGGCCUGCAGGUGGAUCCGAACUUGUUAUGCACACCAAGCUUCACUCCAAAGGAUCAUCACAACCGCUCGCUGCCUAAUGUUCCGGCCUCUGAUGACAGUUUGCUAACCAGUCCGACAUAUACCCCUCAACAUGGGUUUGUGAAUGAUCCACAGCCUUCUGGUCCUGAGCGGCUCACUUUAGAUUCCAUCGUUGUUCAGUAUUUAAAGCACCAGCAUCGUCAGUGCCCGGCUCCUAUUACGACACUGCCUCCUUUUUCGCUCUUGCAUCCUCAUGUCUGCCCUGAGCCAAGAAGAACACUUGAUGCUCCAUCAAAUGUGACAUCCCGCCUCAGCACACGUGAGUUUAGAAGUAUGUAUGGGGGAACCCAUGGGCGUCGCAAGGAUCGGCAAUUUGUUUAUAGCAGAUUCAGACCUUGGAGAACAUGCCGAGAUGAGUUUAGCUCCCUGUUGACUUGCAUAUCUUUCCUCGGAGACUCUUCUCGGAUUGCUACUGGUGGCCACACUGGGGAACUGAGAGUGUUCGAUACUAACAGCAACAAUGUAUUGGAGAGUUGCACUAGUCAUCAAUCACCGGUUACGAUGCUGCAGUCGCACUUUUCUGGGCAAACUACACUCGCUCUUUCGUCAUCUGGGGCUGAUGUUCGCCUAUGGGAUGCAUCUUCAAUCUGUGCUGGCCCCAAGCAUUCCUUCGAUGCAAUCAAAGCUGCACGAUUCUCUAAUUCAGGUACCAUGUUUGCAGCGCUGCGACCAGAUUCAUCACGGCGUGAGAUCCUUGUAUAUGAUAUCCAGUCCUGUCAAUUGGAUCUAACACUGACUGAUACUUCCAAUAAUCCGUCUGGACGUGGCCAUGCAUAUUCUUAUGUUCACUUUAAUCCCUCCGACUCAAUGCUGCUUUGGAAUGGAGUUUUGUGGGACCGCAGGGGCUCUGGGCCGAUUCAUCGAUUUGAUCAAUUUACUGACUAUGGUGGUGGGGGCUUCCAUCCUGCUGGGAAUGAGGUAAUCAUAAACUCAGAGGUGUGGGAUCUCCGGAACUUUAGGCUUCUCCGAAGUGUGCCAUCAUUAGAUCAGACGGUGAUAACAUUUAAUGCCAGUGGCGAUGUUAUAUAUGCGAUCCUGAGGCGAAAUCUAGAGGAAGUCACUUCAGCGUUCAACACGCGCCGUGUGAAGCACCCUCUCUUUUCUGCUUUUCGAACUGUGGAUGCUGUCAACUAUUCGGAUAUUGCAACAAUUCCCGUGGACCGCUGUGUGCUCGACUUUGCAACCGAACCGACUGAUUCUUUUGUGGGGCUAGUUACAAUGGAUGACCAAGAUGAGAUGUAUGCUUCUGCUAGGGUGUACGAAAUCGGAAGGCGCAAACCGACAGACGAUGACUCUGACCCCGAUGAUGCGGAAAGCGAAGAUGAAGACGACGAAGACGACGAAGGGGACGAUGAUUCCAUUCUGGAAGCUGAUCUAGACGAUGAUGGCGAUAGCGAUGCUGAUGACAGUUUGGGCGAGUUUGAUGAAGAGGAUGAUGGGGACUUCACAAUGGAGGAUUUCGAUGCCGAUCAUAUUCUGGAGAUUGUUACCGAAGGCGAGGAAGACGACGAGGACAACGACAGUGAGGUUCUUGAAUCUUUCAGCAGCGGUGAUGACGAAGAUCUUCUGUGAUCGAUCCCAGCCAACUUGGUAAUAAAUUCACGAUGAGAAUAAGGAUAAGCAUAAGCUGUAUUUGAGUCGGGUCGAGAGUCGAGGAGGCGUAGGCAUCUCAUCAAUCCGGGGCCCACUGAAACGAGUCGAUAGACUAGUUGACAAGUGCCCGGCAGGUAAUGUCGAGACAAGAUCAGUUCACUGUUCUUCGAAAAACUUGUCCCAGUUUUGAGGUAUAGCUCCCGAUGAGUUUAUUGGAGUUUCAGCCGACGACAGGACAGGACAGGACAUCCUCGGAGCUGCGCGAAGAACUCGUUAGAUUAGAGAUCGGUUAUUUAGUAUCGGGCUAGCGGAAAAACUAAAAAAAAUUAGACAUUUGUCGGGUUUGGAAAUUUAUGUUUGAAUUUUGGGAUCGAGUAUUUUCGAGUAAUUAUUAUUUACUAAUGUUGCUGCAUAACAGAUGAUAUAUAACUACGGAAACAAAUUAUAUAUAUAUAUAUAUAUUAGCCUUUUUUUCUAUUUUUCAAAUGAAAAAUAUGUU